AUGAAGCUAUAUUACCUAACCUGCACUCUCCUGGCCACUUGUGUCGUCAUUUGGGCAGCCAGUGCCGAGGAGGAAUCGGAGGCACAGAAAGGAUCCCAUAAGCUUCCAAGGCAGCAGCACCUGAAGCAGAACCCUCAUCAUGGCCAAGGAUUCAAGCUGCUGUCCUUUGAUGCCGUGGGCAAACAUAUCGCUUUGGGACUGGAUUAUCUUUUGCCCUUUGUGGAAAUUCCCGUAAAGCGGAAGCGGAAUGCUCCACCCAAGCCCCUCGUUGUAGUGAACUCUGCGGCAGUUCUUAGCUGUGGACUGGUGGUUGCAGGAGGACUCCUCGUGGGUCACCUGAUUCGGAGCAUGGGAUUAGAGACCAUCACGGAAGAUGAUCAUAAGCCCAUUCUGGGAAAUGUUUCCAGUAACAAUACCAAGGUUUCGGAGGAGGAGGACUCGUCCACAUCAUCCACAACUCAAAGUGCUACCAAUGCCACCUACAGAGGACUUUUCGAAGAGGAGCUAAGCCUUCCCAAGAUCUUUGACAACUUCAAGCUUAUAUAUCGCAAUGAAACUGGAGAACGAGUGGCCACCAGUCUUCCCAAUCUUUUGGCCACCAUUGAACACUCCUUUCUGAAUAACGACGUUGAUCUGUCGGCUUGCCUGCUGAAAUCCGUUUGCUCUCUGACCCGCAGCGCUGGGGAUAAGGUUCGUCAAGGUCAAGCCUCGGAUAUGGAGCACCUGCUGGACGGAGCAACCAAUUGGUCCUGGCUGCUAACCUGGCUGGAGCAGUCCGCCUUCCGGGAGGCCAUCGAUGCGGGCAAAGAGACGUCGCCUCAUCACUGCAAUAUUAAGUAUCCGCAGUGCAGGUGGGCACUUCCGGAGCAACAAAUCCUAGAGCUAUUUCGUAAUAAUGUGCAGUUUAAGUAA